GUAUCCUCUACCCUCGUUAUGCGCGCACCAGCAGUUUGCGGAAAUGUCCAGACGGGUCACCAGCGACUGGCAAGAGUGAUUACCCAUGACCUUUAGGCCAUGUUGGUUCCAGGAAACCAAUGGAUUGACCAGACUUGGCACAUAAGUCGGUCAACUUUGGCACUGCGUGCCCAGAAGUCUAACAUUUCCAUGUCAUGCGCUUUCCUUGGUCCAGCUUGAAUAAGUGGUGAUGCUGGGAGCAAAAAAUAAAUAAAAAAUCAGCUUCACUUGAAGGGGACGCCCCAGAGACUGACUUCUGCUUUGCUUCCCAUCACAUUUCUUCUCUCGCGGCUUGUCGAGGACACGCCAACAAUUGCAAGGGAGCACAGCAAGCGACAUAGCAUGGCCGAGUCCUUGCUUUUUGCCGUGGUGCGCGCUGCGGCCCGCAAGGCCGCCGAUGUUCUCGUCCAGAACAUGACCCGCAUGUGUGGCAUCGAGGACGACCGCUGCAAGCUGGAACGACAGCUGCUGGCCGUCCAGUGCAAGCUGGCCGACGCUGAGUUGAGGAGCGAAACGAACCAGUAUGUCAAGAGAUGGAUGAAGGACUUCAGGACCGUCGCCUACGAGGCCGCCGACGUCCUCGACGACUUCCAGUACGAGGCGCUGCGCCGCGAGGCCCAGAUCGGAGAAUCCAGGACACGCAAGGUACUGGACCACUUCACGCCCCACUGCGCUUUGCUCUUCCGCCUUACCAUGAGCAGGAAGCUGCACAACGUCCUUGAGAAGAUCAAUCAGCUGGUCGAGGAGAUGAACAAGUUUGGUCUGGUGGAGCGCGCUGAGCCGCCACAGUUUCUUUACCGGCAGACGCACUCGGGGUUGGACGACUCUGCUGGUAUCUUCGGCAGAGACGACGACAAGGAAUUGGUGGUGAAGCUGUUGCUCGACCAGCGAGAUCAGCUCAAGGUGCAUGUUUUGCCCAUCUUUGGGAUGGGAGGUUUGGGCAAGACCACUCUUGCCAAGAUGGUGUACAAUGAUGGCAGGGUUCAACAACAUUUUCAGUUGAACAUGUGGCACUGUGUCUCAGAAAACUUUGAAGCUAUUGAUCUUGUGAAAUCUGUCAUUGAAUUGGCUACCCAAAAGAAUUGCGAUCUGCCCUACACCAUCGAGCUUCUGCGAGGGCGACUUCAGGAAGUUAUUGGACAGAAGAGGUUUCUCCUUGUUCUUGAUGAUGUAUGGAAUGAAGAGAAGAGAAAGUGGGAGGAUGAUCUGAAACCUCUGUUGUGUUCUGUUGGUGGACCAGGAAGUGUUAUACUCGUCACAUGUCGAAGCCGGCAAGUGGCCUCUAUAAUGACCACCCUUAGGCCCCAUGAGCUAGAAUGUCUGAGUGAAGAUGAUUCAUGGGAACUGUUCUCAGAGAAAGCAUUUAGUAAUGGUGUAGAGGAGCAAGCAGAAUUGGCCACCAUUGGCAGACGUAUUGUCAAGAAAUGCAGGGGGCUGCCUCUUGCUCUGAAGAGGAUAGGUGGCUUGAUGAGUUCUAAACAACAAGUGCAGCAAUGGGAGGCCAUAGCAGAAAGAAAUAUUGGGGAUAAUUCCCGUGGCAAAGAUGAGAUCAUAUCUAUACUAAAACUGAGCUAUAGACACCUGUCACCUGAAAUGAAGCAAUGUUUUGCCUUUUGUUCAGUGUUCUACAAAGACUGUGAGAUGGAGAAGGACAUGUUGAUCCAACUAUGGAUAGCAAAUGGUUUUAUUCAAGAAGAGGGGACAAUGGAUUUGCCACAGAAAGGAGAAUUCAUCUUCCAUUAUUUAGUUUGGAGAUCCUUUCUCCAAGAUGUGAAAUUAAAAGAAGUACAUUUUUCCAGGAAGGUAAUUUGUUGUAAAAUGCAUGAUUUAAUGCAUGACCUAGCAAAAGAUGUCACAGAUGAAUGUGCAACCAUGGAGGAUUUGAUUCAAGAGAUUCAACAGAGAGCAUCAAUAAAAGAUGCCCGUCACAUGCAGAUUAUUACACCGGGUCAAUGGGAACAGUUCAAUGGAUUAUUUAAAGGCACAAGAUAUCUCCACACUUUGUUAGGGUCAUUCGCAACACACAAGAAUCUUAAGGAGUUAAGACUGAUGUCAGUAAGAGCAUUGCAUUCUUAUGUUCCUUCCAUUAUCCAUUACCAGGUCAUAAAUGCAAAACAUUUACGUUAUCUCGACCUUUCUGAGUCUGGCAUUGGUAGAUUGCCAGAUUCAAUAUGUGUACUGUAUAACUUGCAAUCUUUGAGGCUCAAUGGUUGCUGGAAACUACGACAGUUACCAGAAUAUAUGAGCAACAUGAGGAAGCUCAUCCAUCUUUAUCUUUUUGGAUGUGAUGGUUUGGAAAGGAUGCCACCAAAACUUAGUUUACUGAACAAUCUUCACACACUAACAACAUUCGUUGUUGAUAGUGGAGAUGGCCAUGGAAUCGAGGAGCUCAAAGAUCUCCAACACCUAGCCAACAGGUUAGAACUGUACAAUUUGCGAAAAGUAAAAAGUGGAGAAAAUGCAAUGGAAGCUAAUCUUCAUGAGAAGCAAAACCUAAGGGAAUUGCUGUUAUAUUGGGGACGCUGCACUUAUGAUCAGUCUGAACACGAGGCUUGUAAUGAGGAACAAGUGUUGGAUUGUCUUGCACCUCACAGUAAGCUCCAAAUUUUGAAUGUAGCUGGAUAUAAUGGCCUAAAAGUAUCACAAUGGAUGAGAGACCCUCAGAUGUUUCAGUGCUUGAGAAAACUCAAAAUUUCUAACUGCCCAAGAUGUAAGGAUCUACCUGUAGUAUGGUUGUCAGUCUCCCUUGAGUAUAUGUGCUUAGAAAGUAUGGGUGGCCUAACCACAUUAGGCAAGAACAUUGGGGUGGAAGAAGAUGGAUACAAUACACAUCUGCAAAUUUUCCCAAGGUUAAAGGGGAUGGCCCUAAAUGAUUUACCGAGCUUGGAUAGAUGGAUGGAAAACAGUGCAGGAGAGCCCAUUAACUACAUAAUGUUCCCGAUGCUCGAAGUGCUAAGUAUUAGCUGUUGCCCAAAGAUUGCAAGUGUUCCAGAGAGCCCUGUUCUAAAAAAUCUGCGCAUAGGGGGACUCUGCAGUCCCCCAAUCAGUUCACUCACACAUCUGACAACAUUGUCGGAGCUCGCAUACUUUGGAAACGAUAUAGUGUCCAAAAGCAUGCCUUUGGGCUCCUGGCCAUCUCUGAAGAAGUUACAAGUUGGGUCACUGGCAAACAUGAUGAUGGUGCCUCCAGAGGACUGGCAUAGCCAAAGUCAAAGAAGAGCUUUGGAAACCCUUCAGAGUUUGAGUCUUUAUGGCCCCUACUGCUUUGUAGCACCAUCCAGAUUGUCCAGAUCGCACCUUGGGUAUUGGGAAUGCUUUGCCUUUGUGGAAGAAUUGACGAUUCAUUCAAGCAAUGAACUUGUUCUCUGGCCAAUGGAGGAGCUCCGGAUCUUAUCUCGCCUUCGCUCCCUGUGUAUUUUCUUUUGUGCCAACCUGGAGGGGAAGGGUUCAUUGUCUGAGGAGAGCUUGCCACUGCCCCAGCUGGAGAGGUUAGAUAUUAGGAACUGUCACAGUUUAGUGAAGAUUCCAAAUCUGCCUACAUCCCUUGAGCAACUGAAGAUUUUCGACUGCGAAAAUUUGGUGGAACUGCCAUCAAACCUUGAAGAUCUGGCCAAGCUGAGGGUUCUCGAUGUCAAUACCUGCAGAUGCCUGAAAGCACUGCCUGAUGGAAUGGAUGGCCUCACUUCCCUUGAGCAAUUGAGGAUUGGUUAUUGCCCAGGGAUAAAUGAAUUCCCACAGGGUCUCCUCCAGCGGCUCCCACUCCUCAAAUCCCUAUGCAUAUCGACAUGCCCCGAGUUGCAAAGACGUUGGAGAGAAGGCGGGGAGUAUUUCCACUUGCUAUCAUCUAUCCCAGAGAAAAGCAUUCGUUACACAGAAACAGAAUCCAGCAGCAAGAAUUUUCUAAGGAGGCUCAUCCCCUCUUGUCAGUUGCCUGAAAGUGCUGCUUGAUGGGAUGGAUCACAUCAAAUUGCCUUGAGUGAUUGCGGAUUGGGAAUUGCCUAAGGAUAGCGAAUUUCCUGCAGGGUCUCCACGACUGGCUCCAUGUCCUCAAAUCCCUAUACAUAUGGCUGCUCCGACUUGGAAAGACGAUGCCGUAAAGGUGCAGAGUAUUUCCAGUUGGUCUCCUCUGUCCCAAAUGCAUGCGUUCUUGAACCAGAAACAGAAUCGAGCAUGAAGAAGCUUGUAAGGAGGUUCCUCCCAUCCUGCGUUGACUCUAGCUGAGGAUCCGGUAUGAAACAAACUACCAUCGCUGGGUACAAUUUUGAGCUCGUCUCUGACCGAACAAUGAUCAGCAUAGUUAACAUGCCGAGGCAGAACACAGCAUCCCAGAGACACAAACAGAAUCCAACAAAGAAGUUUGUAAAGAAGCUCCUGCCUUCCUGUGCUGAAUUUAAUAACUGGGCCUGUGUCCAGUUAAUUACAGACAAUCGCUUUGGAACGGCCGGCAGAUUUGGGAUCUUUUGGGCAGUAUACGUAUCGAAAUCUCCAUACCCCUGACCUUUACAGUCCUUGUAACAAACACACCCUUGUUUCUUCAAGAUGAACCACAUGAGGAGAUUUGCUGGAAUGGGCAAGACUAAGGUCCCAUCCGGAGUUCAGAAAGAUAAAGAUGAGAGCAUAGUUUUCUUCAGGGAGCUGUACAAGCAUCAGGAAGAUACAGACGUGAACCUGCUGGAACCGAUGUACUCCGUUGAGUUUGAUGCUAUCCAAGGUGGUCAUAUGACAAAACUUCCUCCUGCUGUGAAGAGAGAUUUCCUCAUACCAAUCAACGAGAAGCAUGACUAUGACUGGCUGAAGACUCCUCCAGCUGCAUCGUUGUUUCCUCCCCUUGAGACGAAAACCAACUCCUCCGAAAUGGUUUUAGAGAAGGAGCUACCGAUACCGCGACAUGUUAAACCUUCAGCUUCAAGGUUCGCAAGCAAGCCAGAGGCGACGAAAACAUCGGUGAAGCCAUCAUCACCUCCAAGUGGUUCAUCAUCAAAGAACGUGUUCAGAGGGGCUCCAUCCAUCUCCAAUGAGAAGAACCAUCCUCACGCAAUAGACAAGAGAUCGACUUAUUACUCUGCCCUAACCGGCAGGCAGCAGAAGCCAGAUGCCACAACUGCCAAAGCUACUACUUCUGCAGGCAGCAACACAACCAAGAAACACUCGGACAGGUGCCAUGGGAGCCAGGGCAGCAGUGCAGGCGCAGCCAAGACUAUAACGAUGAUCCCGGCAGAAGAACCUUAUAAAGCACCGAAGAAUCUGCUCACGACUGGGUCUAUAUUCUCACGCCGUGCGCCAUCGAUGACAACGACGGCGAAAACUCGGCCUGGAGGUCCUGCAUUGGGUGUGGACGCCAAAGGAGAAAGCGGUAGAGCAAGGAGGCUGCCGCUUGCCACAACAAGAGGUUUCAAAGAGCUGCAUGUAGAUGGCAAGAAGAAUGCUUUGCCGGGGAAGGGCAAGGCUGUGGCUGCCACCACCAUUGAGCCUGAUGUCUACAACGGUGGUGCCGGUGAGCCUGCGUCAGUAAAGGGAGUGAGAAGAACAGACGGGAAGAACGAGCGUAGACCAAGGUUUACAACCAUGUGAAUGUACCAGUUGAUUUAUAUGUUUGGAAACAUGACGGUUUCAGUAAUAAAAACUGCUAAAUCUAUGUGCUGUUUGCAAAAACUGAAA